UCAUCAGCAUAAGUAACAACCUCUGCCAGGAAGUUAAAAAGUUUCAUCAGUCUUUUGUUUCAAACUACUUCUGGUAAUAACAAACAGCAUGAUCCCCUACGGCGGCGAGGCGGCGGUUGUCGCCGACGAAGACAGGGCUGGUGAAAUGCGAUCAGUUCGGGGAAGUUGGUCGAAUGAAGAAGACGCGGCUUUGACAGACUUAGUUACUAAGUUUGGGCCUAGGAACUGGAGUGUGUUGGCCCAAGGCGUUCCCGGUAGGUCUGGCAAGUCGUGUCGUCUUAGGUGGUGUAAUCAGCUUGACCCUGGUCUUAAACGCAUCCCUUUUACUGAGGAAGAAGAUCAGCUUAUUAUCUCAGCUCACAAAAGACAUGGAAGCAAAUGGUCUGUAAUCGCAAAAUUACUACCAGGGAGAACUGAUAAUGCAGUCAAGAACCACUGGAAUGCUACGCUAAAGCGAAGAUGCUUGGGUCUCAGUAAGCCUGGACCAGCAUCUCACAACACACUGGUCGAUGGCUUGCUAGAGACGUCCAGAGCAUCCUCACAAGCUUCGUAUGGACACCCUAAUUUUAUCAAACCUCCUGAGGUGAGAAAGGCAAGCAUGACGCCUAGUGGACUUGUUGAUUUUGAAAAUGUUCAUGACACGGUUAUUCCUGAAAUGGAGGAGCAUCAUCAUGUUCCAGAGAAAGAGAAAGACGAGUGUCGUCAUAAUCCUGAGAAAGACAAUCCUAACAGUGAUUCUACACUUUAUCGUCCGGUAGCUAAUGUUGGUGCAUUUGCUGUAUACAACACUCUUGGUUCCAUGAUUACAAAGACAACCCCAGGGCAGAGGAGUUUGCUCCAAGCCUCCAGACCAGAGUUCGGUAUCAGCAAAGUUCUUAACUAUUCUUGUGGUGAUCCUGUUGUUCCACGCUUAUGUGGUUACGGUUGCUGUGCAUCUCAUGGCGAGGCCAAUUGUCAAAGCUCAUUGCUGGGACCUGAAUUUGUUGAUUACCAGGAAAUUCCCUCCUCUACCAAUCAAGAGUUGGCAGCUCUAGUCACUGAUCUGAACAACAUCGCCUGGAUUAAGAGUGGCGUCGGGACUACUGCUUAAGCGCUGAACAUUGUCAAAACACUUAGGUAACAUCAAUAUCAUGCUAUAGAAAAGGGUAACUCUGAACAUAGCAUAGAAACUAGGCAUCAUCUCUUGCACGGCUGAAAUUAAAUAACGGGUACAAGUAGAGACACGCAGAUGCACAUCCAAUUCUUUUACUAUGGGCUCGAGUUGAAAGUUCAGUCAAAUACUCAAAGCACAGGGGGUCUCAUCAAUGAGUGGCAAGAUUUAACAAAACUGAGUUCAACUCAUUGUAUGAGACUACUAUAAAUUCUGCAAGUAUAAUAUAUUUUUGUGAUAAUGAUUUAUCAGAUGUCUCAUUACAGGAAGCUGCUAUUUGUUCAAACAGCACUUAAAGUAUUCAAUUUACCGUAAGUUACAUUUAGGUUGGGUUA